AAGUCUGCACAUUUGAAGAGGCAAGAGAAGCUUUUGAAAAUAAUGAAAAAACUACCUGUGCCCACACCAGCCAUGGCUGCCAUGGCCGGGCCCUCGCAGGUGCGCCAGAACUACCACCCGGACUGCGAGGCCGCCGUCAACAGCCAGAUCAACCUGGAGCUCUACGCCUCCUACGUCUACCUGUCCAUGGCCUUCUACUUCGACCGCGCCGACGUGGCCCUCCCGCACUUCGCCCGCUACUUCCUGCUCCAGUCGCACGAGAAGCGCGAGCACGCAGAGAAGCUCAUGAGGCUGCAGAACCAGCACGGGGGCCGCAUCUGCCUGCGCGACAUCAAGAAGCCCGACCGCGACAACUGGGAGAGCGGCCUCAGGGCCAUGGAGUCUGCCGUCCACCUGGAGAAGUGCGUCAACCUGAGGCUCCUGGACCUGCACCGCCUGGCCACCAACAAAGCCGAAGCACACCUCUGCGACUUCCUGGAGAUCCACUGCCUGCAGGAGCAGGUCAAGGCCGUCAAGGAGCUGGGGGGCCACCUCACCAUCCUGCGCAAGAUGGGGGCCCCGGAGGUCGGCAUGGCAGAGUACCUCUUUGACAAGCUCACCCUGGGCAGCGACAGUGACAAGGAGAACUGAGCUGACUGUCCCCACAGCCACGCGGUGUCUUCCUUGGGUCACCAGGCCGGGCAUGCACGUUGCCCUUUCCAGAAGUUUGCUUAAGUUUUUCC